AUGCAGUGUGCCUGGCAGCAAGUGGAACAAAACUUCACAUCUUGUGAUGACGAUGUGAAAAAGAAAGCUCUGGCCUUGGAUGAAUUUUGGCAGGAUUUCCAUCUGGUGGUGGACAAAGGUCUCGAGUGCCCAGAGGUCGGCAAGGAUGUUCACAAGAAAUGCAGAUGUGCUGGAGUGCCUCUUUGCAAGGAUAACAAUUUCACUGCAUUGAAAGCGCAUUUGACGCGCGCCUUUCGGGACAUUUGCCAAAGCCAAAACAAAGGUGCAGCUGCAGACGGCAAAGGCAACAUCUACAAGCAGCAAAUGUUUGGAUUGUCCAAUGGGUUUUGGGUUGUGGCGCUCCAUGGUGAAACCGUUGGCUCACCUUCCGGACACAGUGAGCAACAGGAGGAAGUGAAACACGAGUUCUUGUGGCUACACAUCAGCCAUGUGUUGGGCGGCUUGCAGCAAUUUCACCCGUUGUUCACCCGUAUGGCCUUGCAUCUUCCAGAGUCAGGCGUGGUUGAAACAGAUGACGGUUUGGUCUGGCCUGAGAAAGCUGAGUUGCACUUAGAAAGAAUUGUUGGGGUACUCAACGCUGGCCAGAUUCAAGUGGAGAAGAAGAAAGGAAUGCCUCCUUAUGUUGCGUGGCAGGGUGCAGCAGCGUACAAGCGCAGCAGGCCUUCGAGCAGACCAGCCACCAGCAGGAGCAAAAACAACAAGCAGGCAGGUUUAGCGGCUACGCUUUUUGACCUGGAAGAUGAACCUACUGAGUCUGGUCAGAGUAGGCAGCCUGAACACAUUCCAGCCAAGCAGCGGGGUCCGAAUAAAAGUCGAGACGAACAGGCCAAAGAUCCAGCAAUGGCUGACUUGGACUUGGACUUGGACGAAGCUGAGGGUGAUGAUUUUGAUCCAUGGUCUUUUCCCGACGAUGACUGCAAUCCUGGGAAUGAUGUGGAUGACUUCCUGUGGGACUACUUUUGCAACGAGGCUGCGGAAGUAGAGGACGAUAUGAAUCCAAGUCAUCAUGCUGCAGCCGCAGCCGACUCUGGCCCCCCAAACAUUGCAGACGCGCCGCCUUUGGAGCCCAGUAGUGGUUCGAAAGAACAACCGCAGCCAGCGGAAGUUCCAGAUGAUACUCCUUUGGAGAUGUUAUUGCCUGGAGCUCGCUUUGGAGGAGGCUCUCAAGCCGUUCCUGCAGAUGUUGCUGCGCACCCGGCCCAACCCCGCACAAGCAGAGAUUAUGUGGGCACAUGGACCGAUGUAGUUUGCAGCCAGUGCGGCAAAGUGGCAGGCCAGAUCAAAUUGGAUCCAGGCCCUGCAGGGCGAGAUCCAAAAACAUGGUUCAUGCGAGUGAAAGAGGAUGAUGGAAUCACAUGGGGCCACAAGUACCCUAAGUUCCGCCGUCGUGUGGUGACUAUCUUUGGUGAUACAGACAAAAAACCAAAGGAGUGGGUUCAAGAAAACCGGCACUGUUGUCCAGGACCAGUCACUAGUUAG